UUGUGUCCUGAGCUGAGACAACUCCGAAGCGUGUCCUUCUUAUCCAACACUCAGUUGUCUUUCCGUAACCAUCUCAUUUCGAAAGUUGCGCUUCGUUCAGAACGUCGGCAACGACCGAAGGAACCGCACAGAUCAGAGCGCUCGCCUGAUUUGAACAUUUCGCUCAGCCACAGUCAUUCGAUCGUGCAGAGGGCCACGCGCACAUACAGUAUAAAGCUGACCUCGAAGAACAACUGGAACCGAUCUAUGUGAUGCCCAAAGUCUGCUGCAAUGACUUCCUCGACGGGCAGGGCGCGCUCUCGUUCUCAACCCAACAAACUGCUUCAAGCUUAUCAAUUAGGAGACUCCCUCGGGAAGGGUGCAUUUGGUAAAGUCUACCGCGCAUUGAACUGGGCUACUGGGGAGACGGUGGCAGUCAAGGAAAUUCAGCUCAAUAAUAUACCAAAGAGCGAGAUCGGACAGAUUAUGUCCGAGAUUGAUUUGCUCAAGAAUCUGAAACACCCAAACAUUGUUAAGUAUAAAGGAUUUGAGAAGACACCAGAAUACCUCUACAUCAUUCUCGAGUUCUGCGAAAAUGGAUCUUUGCACAAUAUAUGCAAGCGGUUUGGGAAGUUCCCCGAGACCCUUGUCGGCGUGUACAUCUCUCAAGUACUGGAGGGACUCGUAUACCUGCACGACCAGGGCGUCAUCCACCGUGACAUCAAGGGUGCGAACAUCCUUACUAAUAAGGAUGGAUGCGUGAAACUAGCGGAUUUCGGUGUGGCGAGUCGUACCGCUGCCAAUCCUGUUCGUGACGAUGCGGUGGUUGGGAGUCCGUAUUGGAUGGCGCCCGAAGUCAUAGAGCAAUCGGGAGCGACGACAGCGUCAGACAUCUGGAGUGUAGGCUGCACAGUAAUUGAGCUGCUCGAAGGAAGGCCGCCCUACCACUUUCUCGACCCAAUGCCUGCUUUAUUCCGUAUUGUUCAAGAUGACUGUCCUCCCAUCCCAGAAGGCGCAUCUCCGAUUGUCAAGGACUUCCUGUACCAUUGUUUCCAGAAGGAUUGUAACCUGAGGAUAUCCGCCAAGAAACUGCUCAAGCAUCCGUGGAUGGUGGCUUCUCGGAAGCAAAUAUCCAGCAACGUCACACGCGAUCACAGAGGCCAUACCCGGCCCUUGAGCAACUACAACUACGACGAGGCCGUGAUGAAAGUGCAAGAAUGGAAUGAAGCACUGAAGUCUCCGCCACGGCCAUCGCGGCUCCCAGAACGACAAAGAAACGGUGCAGUACUCGACUCAUCCCCAAUACCUUCUUCUGUGGUGCCAGCUUCCGCCAAAUCACAGAAUCCGCCCGGCCUACCUAAUCAAUUGGGGUUGAGUGCAACGCGUCAGCUCCAUGCCAGCAAGGGUCCUCCAGUUACGCCAGUCUUGGGACACGUUCGCGAGACAUUGCCCAUGCCCUUUAUUCUGCAACCUCCUGAGGAACAAACUGAUAACUGGGACGAUGAUUUUGAGGAAGGAAUCUCGUUGUCGAAGUUGCAUGUCGCGGAGAAAACGUCAGCAGAAGAACAGAUAGUUGACGUCGACGACAACGCUCAGACUAUCCGCCCCACGCGUAGUCCACCAGGACCGUCGGCUAGCGUCCCUCUUCCUCCGUUUACAGUUGCUGAACCCGAGGAUGAAAAUAGCAUUGAAGACUACUCGGACAUCAUCUCUGACGAUGACACACUGAUCCAGAAACUUGCAGAUUUCAAGGCCAGGAAUCCUUCUCGUCGCGGUCUCUUCCAUCCGAACGACCUCAAGACUGUUGGUUUGGGUCCCCAUUCUCCUGAACCAAAGAUUGCUCCCCUACCAGACGUGACGCCCAGUCGUGCACGUCCGCCUUUGAACUCUGUCACUCAGUCUGGAUCAAGGACGUCUGCCAUAACCGACAGUGCACCUAUGUAUUCACGCUCGUCGUCGUACAUGGGGUUUAAUGGUGGUAGCGGCUCUUUCGGGCACAUGGACUCGCGGCGACGUCAAAGCCCGCCUCAGUUUGGCAAAUAUGCCGAGGACGAUGAAGAGAACUACGAAGAUGUGUUCGGGAAAGCGAACGGUGCUGCUUUACGUUCUGCACAGACUUUACAGCUGACCACGCGUCUGUCUAACAAAUCAUGGCUGGGAGAUGACGAUGACGAAGAUGAUCCUUUUGCUGAGAUUGACGAAGGCUUCUCGGAGGAAGACCUCGAAUCAAAUCUCCAGCGCGACAAAUAUGCUCGUUUGACGAAUACCGUCACCGAGCUCAUUGAUCAGUUGACACCCUCUGCUCCGGACUUCCAACUACGUGAGGUGUGCGACCAGCUUCUCACUAUCAUGGCAGAGACCCCGGAGAUACAGUCGCAGCUCGUCUCUGCGCACGGAAUGUUAGCCAUCUUGGAGGUUCUAGAGGGUAGAUACUCUCGGGACGUCACGUUGAAGUUGCUUAAAAUUGUCAAUGCACUUGUCACUGCAGACAUGGGUUUCUUGGAGAGCUUCUGUUUGAUUGGUGGAAUCCCGGUCAUAAUGGAAUUCACGUCAAAGCGAUACCCGCCAGAGUGUCGUACAGAGGCGUCGAAUUUUAUCCGCCUCUUGUGUCAUUCGUCCGUCCUCACGUUGCAGAUGUUCAUAGCAUGCCGCGGACUCAAGGUCUUGGUGGAUCUACUUGACGAAGACUUUACAGAACAAACGGAGCUUGUCAUACAUGCGCUCAACGGCAUCUGCAGCGUUUUUGAGCUGCAGAGUCCGACGACGAAGAAUGAUUUCUGCCGCAUGUUCAUCCGCGAAGGCCUGCUGGACCCAUUGUCCUCUGCUCUUCUGAAUGUCAUGGCCGGUGAAGGAGACGUCGUGGCAGACAUGAAUAGAAAGAUCAUCCUGAUAUUGCUUGUGUUCUGCCAAGUAUCUCAAUCAGAUAUUCAUGUACGGAAAGAACUUGGCACCCGCAAAAUCGUGCGCCGUCUGUUGAGAGCAUGCGAGCUUCUGCAGCCGGAAUACUUGGUGAACAUGCUCAAGGCCGUCAAACACCUGUCCAUGAAUCCCUCUCUGCUGGAUAACCUACAGAAUGCCAAUGCAAUCGAGAUCCUGGUCAGGAUCCUAGACGAACGAAGCUCAGGUCCUUACGGGACGGAGAUGUCCAAUCACAUUUUCCAGACAUGCUACAAUCUCUGUCGGUUGAACAAGUCUAGGCAAGAGGAGGCAGCCCAAGCUGGCAUCAUCCCGAGCUUGAAGCGAGUGAUCGAAUCCAGCUCACCACUGAAACAGUUUGCGCUGCCGAUCCUCUGCGAUCUUGCCAGCGCCGGGAAGAGCUGCCGAACCUUGCUCUGGCAACAUGACGGUCUGUCAUUAUAUUUGCAACUUCUUGAAGACCCGUACUUCCAAGUAAGCGCGCUGGAGUCCAUCCUAUCAUGGUUGCAGGAAGAGACGGCCAAGAUCGAGGAUCAGCUCACUAAGCCUGAGGCAUUAGAAGCUCUUUUGCAGUGCUUCGUCAAUGCGAAGUCUAACUCCUUCGAGAACUUACUUGAACCGUUCCUGAAGAUUUGCCGCCUCUCGAUCAGCGUAACCGUCGGCAUUGCAAAGUCGACGUUUUUCAAGCGCAUCAAUGAUAAGCUGAGCAAUAGCAAAGCUGUCGUGCGGCUGAACCUUUUGCGCAUACUGCGAACCGUCUGCGAGGUGCAUCCGAACCGAGCGAUGUUGGUCGAGCACUACGGCAUCUACGACAUUGUCGUGAAGCUCAGCAAGGAAGACGGAGCUGUCCUUGUCCGCAAGCUCGCAAAGGAGAUCGUGCCCUCACUCGCCCCUGCGCUCAAGCCUCCUCCGAGCAGGUCAAGCAGGAGUCCAGAAACUCCAAGGGCGAGCAAGAGCUCGCUCGCGCCUAGGAGGAUGCGACGGACGGCAUCCGAGUCGUCCACAGGUAGUCAUGGACACUCGGCUAGCAGCAGUGGCAUCCGUGCCAUUCAUAGGAACCCCAUUGAAUACCCCAUACCCAGUUCUCGACACAAGUCGAAUGACCUCUCGUGGCAGUCGGACCGAAAUUAGGUUAUUGUAGAUGCCAUGUCAGUGCAUCGGACUGCAUUCUCGCAUACUUUUUAUGUAUUCAGAACAUCAUAUCGCACUCAUACGCUUGGUUCAGGGCAUUACAUAUACUACGGAUGGCUUCCUCAUCAUAGGUAUUGAUCUUUAUACUGGCAUUGUAGCAUGGAAUCAUUACCACGAUGGCUGGUUGUUCGAGCGUGCUCUGGGCCCUAGCUGUGCAACCCUCCACUUCUCAGAAAGUCACAGGCC